UCCCUCCCUUCCUCUCACCCACCCGCCCUUCUUCCUUGUUCGUAGUGCAGGGCCAGUGGCUGGGCUCUGUCAGUGCGGGCUGAGCAGCGGCUGGGAGCUCCAGCCCGGCGCGGCUCUGCUCUGUUCGCCUGGGCUUUUCCCACCGGUAACAGGGAAAGGGGUGGGGAAGAAACCGAGGACACCUCUCUUGCGGGACAUGGAGAACAGGCCAGCAGAGACCAACUCAGAGGUGGACAAGUCGGCAUCACCCUCAGUGGCUCAGCUAGCAGGGAAGUUCAAAGAGCAAGCAGCAAAUAUCCCUGGAAAAGAGGUACCACCACAUAAGCCAACUCGGAGGAAACCACCCUGCUCCCUUCCCUUGUAUUCCCACAAAACUGAGACAAGUGACAAUGAUGAGCAAAAGCGGUCACCAAAUGCUUGCCCCAUUCCUAAGGUCAAGGUGAAAAGUUCACCCAUGAUUGAAAAGCUGCAGGCCAAUCUGGCUUUUGCUCCAGCUGCUCUGCUGCCGGGAGUGUCUCCCAAAAGCCCUGGGAUGAAGGUCCUGGUUUCUCCGUUCAGCACACCUCCCUCAACGCCCACCAGCCCUGGGACUCAGUCCCAGCCCAGCGAGACACCAGUCAGCUUUGAUCAGCCCCCAGAAAGCACACAGCUGCAGUUCUACAACAAGGUGCGGACACGAGGAUCGAUAAAGCGCCGGCCUCCCUCACGGAGGUUCCGAAGAUCUCUGUCAGAGUAUGGAGAUGGGGAAGAUUUAGGGGUUAACUUGUCCUCUCCAGAAAAUGGUGCCAGGGAAGAUGAGGUCUUUGGGCCCAAUGGCAAGACAGAAGAAGUAGAAACAGGGAGCAAAGAGCAAAAGAAACAGGCAGGGUCUGAUGAGAAGCCAGCAUCAAGGACGGGAUCCAGCAGGUCAGAGGAUGAAGAAAAAGAGAACAAAGAGCAGAAGAAACAGGCAGAGUCUGAUGAGAAGCCCCUGUCAAGGAGAGGAUCCAGUAGAUCAGAAGAUGGGGAAAAGGGGAAAAAAACAGCAGAGGAAAUUACUCCUUGCAAGAAUAACACAGGGAAUACAAAAGAGGAGGAAGUGUGUCAUGAUGGCCCAGGAGAGGAGAACUCUUCUCAGCCUCCUUCUGGAAACAAUGAGAUGUGUGACAGUCCCCAGGGAGAAGAGCAGCAAAGCACUGCCUGUGAACAAGGAAAGGGAGACAAGGAGAAGGAUGAAGCUGAAGCUGAAACAAAGGAGAAUAGUGAGAGCACAGACACACAGAGAACAUCAGACACUGAAGAAACAGCACUGGCACCUGAACCACUGCAGGAUGCAGUGGGAUUAGGGACUGCCAGUGAGCCUUCAGUGUCAGUCACGCAGGACCAGGGCACAGCAUAGCUGUGACACACAGGACACACCCAAUCAGGGCAGAGGAGACUUAACAUGUGGACAGGAGCCAUCUAACUCAGUCGAGAUGGAAGGUACUGGAAACCCUUCAGUGGCAGGAGAGGAGCAGAAUGCAGAAAUCUCCUGAGGUCCAGACUCAUCACAGAGCUGAGUGGCCACUUGCUGGCUCUCUGCUUUGCACCAUCAUAUUUUGGGACAACUGGAAGAGGAGAGUGUUUGUGAUCUCUUCAGGGUUCAAAACUCAGGUGUUGGCUGGCCUUGCUUGGUGAUAUUUGGGGACUGAGAGACCUGAUACCUACUGUCCUGGAGCAACAGCCAUCACCACUCAUGGUCCUUCUGCUUCUUCAUCCUGCUCCAUAAUGUCUUUUUCUUCUCCCCUGCAUUGGUCUUAGAUGAAGUUUCAUCAGUUACGUAUAUAAUACAUGUAUGGUGCCUUUUUGGUAGCUUCUUUUAAAGGACUUUGGGUUUUAAAACUUCAGUAAAUAAUGUUAUAAUAAUAGCAAAAAGUUAUGUUUUCUCCAUAUGUGCUGUAUGGCAGACAAUGUGAACUCUGAACAUGGGGAAAACUCCUAGAACAUUGAUCAUAAAAAUAUAUAAAUAUAAAAUAUAAAAAUAAAAUCCCUUUGAAAUGGGGCUAAUCUGUGAAACAGCCACCUGUGGUAGGCUGAUAGGUCUUGUGUGCUUCAGCUUUGGGGUGCUUUUAGUGCGGUGGAAAAUGACAACCAGCAGAUUGUAUGCAAAGAAAAGAUGUGCUGAGUAGGUCAGUAGGGCAGGUUCUCUUAUCUGGCUCUAGGCUCCAGUCCAGAUUUAGAAGGGCUGCUUGUCCAUCAGUAUUUCUCACUUCCAAACCCUACCCAGUCUGUUCUGGAACUUCUGUUGUGUCCACUAAGAGCCACUCCUUAUAGAAAGCAUCCCAGCUUCCUGGAAACAGCCAAUUAAUUUUGUGCAUAUCAAAGAUGAAGUCUUAGCUGGCUGAAUUUCCAGUGGCGUUGCCUGGCUGAAUUCGCAAAGCUCAGGCAGCCAGUCCCUCCAAAAUACUUAUGCCCUGUACUAGAUUUGCGUUCACUCUUGGGCUACUGAAAGUCAUGGGCUAGCAGUCACAAUGAUUUAAAUCUGGAGACUGUCUGGGGGAAGGUGGAUGUCAGACCUUCACUUGACCAGUUUCCUGACAUUAGUGCUUGAAGCUGUGUUGGCCACACAGAACAAAAUAUCCAUACUGUGGCAUGAACUGAGGCCACACUUGCUGAGAGCCAGCAGCACUUGCUCUCCUUAAUUAUCAUGGGCUUGUUGGCAAACACGACCUCCACAGCCUUUUGAGCCAUGCUGUGGAGCAUUGUUGCCUUUGAAUCCAUUUUAAUCUGCUUGCUGUAGCAUGUAUUCCAGGGCAGGCUGCUAUCACUGGCUGCCCCCCAUUUCUUCUCUCAGCAGAGUGUCCCAUCUGGAUGUGAGUGCUUGUGCCUUACUGUACAUACAGAUAUAUGUGUGCCUGUGUAGAGAAGGUGUAUGUGUGUCCCGAGCACGGGAAUGGAAAUUCCGAGGGAGAAAUAGGAUAAAUAAAUGGUGGAAUAAACCAAAGCAAACCAAAAA